UCAUAUACAAAUAACAACUUUUUUUGUUUCUACUGUUUCAAUUCACAGAAUUAUUACUGAAUCUACUAUGGGUCAAAUAUCUUCAAGUGCCUCGAAUCCAUCUGAAGGGGAUAUUGGUCAGCUGCAGAGUAAAUUAUUUGCCCACUUCAACAUCAUAAAAAGUCUGGCUACUGUCAAGCACAAAGAAAUAGUUGAUUGCAUAGAGGAGCUCAAUACUGCGUAUGUUUAAGAAGUUAGGAAAGUAAAAAAAAAAUAAUCACAAAUCCAUAUUUUAAAAAAUUUAAAACUGAAGGGCUGCACUUAACAUGCUUGACAAUUGAGAGAGAUUUUUUUCUCUGAAAGCCAACUACAUGGUAAUAUAUAAACUAAUUGCUUGUUAUUAAUCAUUCAUUUAAUUCUAGAUUUCAACAUAAAUAAAAUGAAGAUUGAUUCAAAACUGAGGAAAAUAUAAAUUGUAACGGCAACAUUGGUGGAUUUUAUUUUCCAGUGGGGGUGGGGGGAGGGGGGAGUAAGAAUUAUAACCAAGCCUUUAUCAGAUUUAAAAUAAAAUGUUAAAGAAACAAGUUGGCCUUUAGGAGGGUGUUCAGUUACAAAGUUCUUGUCAUUUUGUUUCAUUUUAAAUGCUUUUCUGGCGUCCAUAUUGUCAUAAAUUAAUAUUGUGUUAAAAGAAAAAAAAGAACACCCUGGCAGCUCCAGUUUUAAGUGGUAGGGGCGUAAAGGUUGUGUUUUAUAAUUGAUCAAAAUACUGUCUCAUUUUUACAACUAUAAUUAUAACAUUCAAAGUUUCUCAUGAAAUUAAAUCUUUUUCUUUGUUAAUUUGAAUAGCUCUUAAGCCUCAUAUUAUUAUUGAUGAUGUUUGUUUAAAAUAAUUUAGACAAAUUUAAACCCCCUUUAGCAAAAACUAAAAGUUCAAUAUAAAAAAAACGAUUAGGUUUGAAAAUAGUGCUUACAUUUCUUUGCAGGAAUUAAGUAGGUUAAUGACACGUAAACAGUUUGGGUAAAUAGAACACUUACAUAUUAAGCUCUAAUUAUGGCUACACAGAAAACAAUUCAAAAAUUUCCGCAAAUGAACGAAAAAACAUUCAUACAAGUAUAAAUUAAAUUUAGGCAAUAUAUAUAUUUUUGUGUCCUAUCUAAAAAUGAAAUAAUCAGAAUGGGCUCAAGUCCCUAACCAAAACAAAGCUCAGAAGAAUGGAAAGAAAGUGGGUUUGAGUACAAUUAAAAAUCAAACAGGCAAAAGAUGUUGCAGCUCUGUAAAAUUGUGAAUUUGUUUUAUACCAUAAUACAUAUUGUUUUAUAGCUUAACAUAUAUUUUUUUAUAGCUUAACAUAUGUUGAGCUAUAAAACAAACCAUGUAUUGUUUUAUUGACACAAUCUGUUUGUGUCCCAUUAAUCCACCUGCAAGCUUCAUCCAAGUCCAACUCUCUCACUCUCAGGAAUCAAGAAUUUCACAGUUUCCAUUUCCUUUAUCCUAGUCCAAGUCUCUCACUCUCAGGAAUCAAGAAUUUCACAGUUUCCAUCUCCUUUAUCCUAGUUCAACUCUCUUACUCUCAGGAAUCAAGAAUUUCACAGUUUCCAUCUCCUUUAUCCUAGUCCAACUCUCUCACUCUCAGGAAUCAAGAAUUUCACAGUUUCCAUCUCCUUUAUCCUAGUUCAACUCUCUUACUCUCAGGAAUCAAGAAUUUCACAGUUUCCAUCUCCUUUAUCCUAGUCCAACUCUCUCACUCUCAGGAAUCAAGAAUUUCACAGUUUCCAUCUCCUUUAUCCUAGUCCAACUCUCUCACUCUCAGGAAUCAAGAAUUUCACAGUUUCCAUCUCCUUUAUCCUAGUUCAACUCUCUUACUCUCAGGAAUCAAGAAUUUCACAGUUUCCAUCUCCUUUAUCCUAGUCCAACUCUCUCACUCUCAGGAAUCAAGAAUUUCACAGUUUCCAUCUCCUUUAUCCUAGUCCAACUCUCUUACUCUCAGGAAUCAAGAAUUUCACAGUUUCCAUCUCCUUUAUCCUAGUCCAACUCUCUCACUCUCAGGAAUCAAGAAUUUCACAGUUUCCAUCUCCUUUAUCCUAGUCCAACUCUCUUACUCUCAGGAAUCAAGAAUUUCACAGUUUCCAUCUCCUUUAUCCUAGUCCAACUCUCUUACUCUCAGGAAUCAAGAAUUUCACAGUUUCCAUCUCCUUUUUUCCAUCAAAUGUUUUUUUAAAUUUAUUUUUAGAACCCGAAGUUUUACUGACAGAGCAGGAAAACAGUUGCGAUUUAUGAUUCUAAAAGACUCUGACACUACAUUCCUAUGGAAAGGGACCAUUAGAAUACGUUGUUUAAAGGUAAACAUUGCUUUUAUUCUUUUAGAUGCUUUUUUUUAAUAAGUAUUGGUACCAAACAUGAUGUGAAAUAAUAAUUGUUACGUUACCCAUAAGGGAUUUAUAAAGUCAUAAUUUUAAACUUUUUCUAAGGGGAAAAAAUUAAUGAAAGAUAAAAAUGUCAUAGGUUGAUUAGAAGAAGAGAUGAGACACAAUAAGUGAACAUCAAAUAAAUUUAUGUCCAUCACAAACUCAACUAGAAAGGAAAGUGAAGUAAUACAAUAGUAAAAUAGUGAAAUAGUGUAAUGCUUACUAAUCUCACCACAAAGAUAUCAUCUCAUGAGCUAAAUAUCACAAAAAUUGUUGUUAGACAUGUUCCUAGAAGUAUAAAGCAAGAUAAAAUCUAAUAUUUACUAGUACGCAUGAAUAACAUGGGACUUAAUAAGAAAAUGUUGCUACCUCAGCUGUAGUGAAAUGAAUAACAUAAAUAUUCCCAACAGCUAACUGUCAACUCCUUAGUCUACUUGGAUUGAUUAGUUCAUCAAGUUCUUUCACACAUUGAAUACGUUGUAUCAUUCUUACUAUCACUGAAUAAACUCAAGUCCUUUUCAUAAUAAUUAUAACUUUAAUAUCUAAGUAUAUCCUAUACACAUGAACACAUGAAUAUAGCGCAGCUCACUAUCAGACAUAAAUAAUACACAUCCUACUUCCACAAAGUUCCACUCAAGACUGCCGCAUGACUAAAACAUACAUCACAAUACUGUCUAGACAAUACGUAACGAAUCAGCAUAAAAAUAUGUCAUAGAGACAAACACGGGAAGAGCGUUCUCUAACUAAAAGAGUCAAGAGCGGGACAAGCGUUCAAUAAUUAAUGAACAUAAUAUUCAGUCGCAACAAUUACUAAUGAACUCUCAUACUUGACACUAACUAUGGACAAAACAGUUAGCACUGGGUGUCUCAUAACUUCUCUCCUCUGAGGAUCUCUCUGAUUCUAACGGGAAAAGUUUUAAAUUUAUAAACUGAUGAAAUGAGUCAUAAGAUCUUACAAUCCAGGAUACCACUCCACCCUGCAUAAUUUACUGAGCAUUUCUUGGAACGUGGGGUAUGACUUAUAAUAAAGGUUAAGGUGAAGGCAUCAGCAGCUGGCUUGUAUAAUUGUGGUCAAUCAGCUGACCAUUUUAUGUAUGGGUCGAGGUUCCCUUAAGAGAGUAUUUGGCCACGACUUGUCUGCCCAUCACCACUGAGUUGAAAGAGUUGCACAUGAGAAAUAGAGCAAGGAUUGAGGUUGAACUGAACAAAUGGGCCAGGAAAAGUGUUUGUGGUUUAAAUCAGCGGUUCUCAACCUGUGGGAUGCGACCCCUUUGGGGUCCCGGUACCGUUUCAUGGGGUAGCCUAAGACCAUUGGAAAAAACACAUUUCCGAUGGUCUUAGAAACCGAUUGAUUUGGUCCGGCUAAAAAAACAGACAUGUCACAAAUUUUCAUUGUGUUUGGAGACGAAUUUGUUACGAAACUGAGUGCAAUUUACCUAUCUAGCAACACUGUCAGAAGAACAACAGAUGACAUGUCUGUUGAUAUUCUUUAUCAGCUAAUCCAGGAAAUUAAAUCUGCUCCAUUUCCAAUAUUUAGUAUCCAGCUGGAUGAAUCUACAGACUUGCAAACUGUGACUAGUUACUAGUUUACAUGAGGAAUAUUAAUGAUGGCGGCUUUAAAGAGGAGUUUCUUUUUGCAAACCUCUUGAAACGACAACUACUGCAGGUGAUGUAUUUGACACAGUUGGUUUAUUUCUGAAAGAUCAUAAGAUCUCUCGGAAAAGGUUUGUGGUGUUAACACAGAUGGUGCUCCAGCUAUGCUAGGAUGUCAUAGAUGGUAUUCCAGCUAUGCUAGGAUGUCAUAGAUGGUACUCCAGCUAUGCUAGGAUGUCAUAGAUGGUACUCCAGCAAUGCUAGGAUGUCAAUCUGGAUUUCAACGUUUGUUACUGAAUGAGUCACCAAAGUUCAUCGACACUUACUGAUUGAAUAAUCUGCUAAUAUUAGCAACGAAGACGCUGCCACAAGGUUUACAUGAAGUACCGAAAAGCAUCAUAAGUUCUGUCAUUAAGUUCUGUCAAUUUUGUAAAGGCAAGCACUUUAAACAGUCUACGGUUUUCGCAACUGUGCAACGAGUUGGAUGAGACAAACAAUAUUUUGCUAUUUCACACUGAAGUGAGUUGGUUGUCAAAAGGAAAAAUUGUAAAACAUGUUUUUGAGCUUCGUGAUGAACUCAAAACUUGUUCAAUCAGAAAGCAAGAUUGCAGUUCAAAGCUCUUUUUAGGGAUAAAAGUGAAUUGUAGAAAAUAGCUUACUUGGUUGACAUCUUUGCCAUCUUGAAUGAGUUAAAUGCAACAUGCCUCCAUUUGUCUGAAAAGAUGCGAUCAUUUAAAUUUUAAUUUCAGCUUUGGCAAAUAAAAAUUGGAGGAAAAUAAAAUGUACAUAUUGCCUAUCUUAUCUGGUUUCUUUGAGGAACAUGACAUCGAACCAAAGGGAUUACAAUUAUAAAUUCUGUGAAAGAACACUUGCACAUGCUUGAAGAUGAAAUCUCAUCGUACUUUCCAAAUAUACCUGACACUCCAUUUGCACUUGCCAGAAGUCAAUUCAUAGUCAAAGUUGAAGAUGUUCCUGAGUCAACACAAGUGGAGUUCAUUGAACUUAUUAACAGCGAUGCAGCAAGAAUUGAUUUCCAAUGCCAGUUACAAAAUUCUGGUUCAAGUGUUUGCAGUCUCUUCCUGUUCUGCAUGAGACUGUGUUGCGCCUUUUCCUUCCAUUUCCAACAACAUAUUUUUGUGAAACAGGGUUUUCCAGCUUAUGGGUAAUCAAGUCUAAAUACAGAAGUAGACUUGUUGUGGAAGAUCAUCUUCGUUGGGCUCUUGCAAAGACUGUUCCGAGAUUUUCUGAUCUGGUAAGAAAGAAACAAUCUCAACCUUUGCACUAACGUUGGCUUUUAACACAUGCUGUCACAAAAUGUAGCAAAGUAGUUUACUGUUGUUAAAUUAAGACUUACCCAUGCUACAUCACGCUUCAAGACAAAAUUUCAUUUAUCUGCAAUUAGAAAUAAAUAUUUCAAAAUAUAUUAUUACCUAUUGUUUUUAGUGAUUAAUGACUAUGCUUUAAUUAUGUUCAAUUUGUAAUAAUAAAAAUACACCCUGCAUAUUAGAUAUUUACAUUAGGAUUCAUAACAGAAGCAAAAUUACAGCUAUGAAGUAGCAACAAAAAUAAUUUUAUGGUUGGGUGUCGCCAGAACAUGAGGAACUGUAUAAAGGGGUCGCGGCAUUAGAAAGGUUGAGAACCACUGGUUUAAAUGAAUAUUCCUUAAUUGAUCUACAAGGAUAUUGCUGACCUUUUAUAUGACCAUUCCUAAAUUUCUCUAAUGCUAUUGAUCACCUUUUAAUUGUUCUCUAAUGCUAUUGAUCACCUUUUCAUUGUCCUCUAAUGCUAUUGAUCACCUUUUAAUUGUUCUCUAAUGCUAUUGAUCACCUUUACAUUGUCCUCUAAUGCUAUUGAUCACCUUUUCAUUGUUCUCUAAUGCUAUUGAUCACCUUUUCAUUGUCCUCUAAUGCAAUUGAUCACCUUUUAAUUGUUGUCUAAUGCUAUUGAUCACCUUUUCAUUGUCCUCUAAUGCUAUUGAUCACCUUUUAAUUGUUGUCUAAUGCUAUUGAUCACCUUUUAAUUGUCCUCUAAUGCUAUUGAUCACCUUUUAAUUGUUCUCUAAUGCUAUUGAUCACCUUUUAAUUGUUGUCUAAUGCUAUUGAUCACCUUUUAAUUGUUCUCUAAUGCUAUUGAUCACCUUUUAAUUGUUCUCUAAUGCUAUUGAUCACCUUUUAAUUGUUCUCUAAUGCUAUUGAUCACCUUUUAAUUGUUCUCUAAUGCUAUUGAUCACCUUUUAAUUGUUCUCUAAUGCUAUUGAUCACCUUUUAAUUGUUCUCUAAUGCUAUUGAUCACCUUUUAAUUGUUCUCUAAUGCUAUUGAUCACCUUUUAAUUGUUCUCUAAUGCUAUUGAUCACCUUUUAAUUGUUCUCUAAUGCUAUUGAUCACCUUUUAAUUGUUCUCUAAUGCUAUUGAUCACCUUUUAAUUGUUCUCUAAUGCUAUUGAUCACCUUUUCAUUGUCCUCUAAUGCUAUUGAUCACCUUUUCAUUGUCCUCUAAUGCUAUUGAUCACCUUUUAAUUGUUCUCUAAUGCUAUUGAUCACCUUUUAAUUGUUCUCUAAUGCUAUUGAUCACCUUUUAAUUGUUCUCUAAUGCUAUUGAUCACCUUUUAAUUGUCCUCUAAUGCUAUUGAUCACCUUUUCAUUGUCCUCUAAUGCUAUUGAUCACCUUUUAAUUGUUGUCUAAUGCUAUUGAUCACCUUUUAAUUGUUGUCUAAUGCUAUUGAUCACCUUUUAAUUGUUCUCUAAUGCUAUUGAUCACCUUUUAAUUGUUCUCUAAUGCUAUUGAUCACCUUUUAAUUGUUCUCUAAUGCUAUUGAUCACCUUUUAAUUGUUCUCUAAUGCUAUUGAUCACCUUUUAAUUGUCCUCUAAUGCUAUUGAUCACCUUUUAAUUGUCCUCUAAUGCUAUUGAUCACCCUUUAAUUGUUCUCUAAUGCUAUUGAUCACCUUUUAAUUGUCCUCUAAUGCUAUUGAUCACCUUUUCAUUGUCCUCUAAUGCUAUUGAUCACCCUUUAAUUGUUCUCUAAUGCUAUUGAUCACCUUUUAAUUGUCCUCUAAUGCUAUUGAUCACCUUUUAAUUGUUGUCUAAUGCUAUUGAUCACCUUUUAAUUGUUGUCUAAUGCUAUUGAUCACCUUUUAAUUGUUCUCUAAUGCUAUUGAUCACCUUUUAAUUGUCCUCUAAUGCUAUUGAUCACCUUUUAAUUGUCCUCUAAUGCUAUUGAUCACCCUUUAAUUGUUCUCUAAUGCUAUUGAUCACCUUUUAAUUGUCCUCUAAUGCUAUUGAUCACCUUUUCAUUGUCCUCUAAUGCUAUUGAUCACCCUUUAAUUGUUCUCUAAUGCUAUUGAUCACCUUUUAAUUGUUGUCUAAUGCUAUUGAUCACCUUUUAAUUGUCCUCUAAUGCUAUUGAUCACCCUUUAAUUGUCCUCUAAUGCUAUUGAUCACCUUUUAAUUGUCCUCUAAUGCUAUUGAUCACCCUUUAAUUGUUCUCUAAUGCUAUUGAUCACCUUUUAAUUGUUGUCUAAUGCUAUUGAUCACCUUUUAAUUGUCCUCUAAUGCUAUUGAUCACCCUUUAAUUGUUCUCUAAUGCUAUUGAUCACCUUUUAAUUGUCCUCUAAUGCUAUUGAUCACCUUUUAAUUGUCCUCUAAUGCUAUUGAUCACCCUUUAAUUGUUCUCUAAUGCUAUUGAUCACCUUUUAAUUGUCCUCUAAUGCUAUUGAUCACCCUUUAAUUGUUCUCUAAUGCUAUUGAUCACCUUUUAAUUGUCCUCUAAUGCUAUUGAUCACCUUUUCAUUGUCCUCUAAUGCUAUUGAUCACCUUUUAAUUGUUGUCUAAUGCUAUUGAUCACCCUUUAAUUGUUCUCUAAUGCUAUUGAUCACUUUUUAAUUGUCCUCUAAUGCUAUUGAUCACCUUUUAAUUGUUGUCUAAUGCUAUUGAUCACCUUUUAAUUGUCCUCUAAUGCUAUUGAUCACCUUUUAAUUGUUCUCUAAUGCUAUUGAUCACCUUUUAAUUGUCCUUUAAUGCUAUUGAUCACCUUUUAAUUGUCCUCUAAUGCUAUUGAUCACCCUUUAAUUGUUCUCUAAUGCUAUUGAUCACCUUUUAAUUGUUCUCUAAUGCUAUUGAUCACCUUUUAAUUGUUGUCUAAUGCUAUUGAUCACCUUUUAAUUGUUGUCUAAUGCUAUUGAUCACCUUUUAAUUGUUCUCUAAUGCUAUUGAUCACCUUUUAAUUGUUCUUUAAUGCUAUUGAUCACCUUUUAAUUGUUCUCUAAUGUUAUUGAUCAACUUUUAUUUUAAAUAAAUUCUCCCCUGCAGAUCAACACCGGCACCAAUGUGGUAGAAUCAUGUCGGCUGUUGACGCUCCGCCAGUUUGUUGUUAUAUAUAAAGAAAUCAUUGAGCAAGUUUUAGUGCUGUCCAAUACCAGAGAUGAUUCCAGUUCAGAGUCAGCACCAGCUGCCAGUAAAGGAGAGCUUACAGCAUCGUCAAUUUUCUCAAGGUGCGACUCUUAAAUCACAGAUUACAAAAAAAAUUUAAAAAAUGAAACUCAAAAGUUUUUUUCAAUAUUGAGAAAUUAGAAAGAUAAUUACACCAACACCCCACAUCCAUUAUAACUCGUCUUUGCAAAGUUUCUCAUCCCAUGACAGAUACCAGGGUAUGUCAUUAGAAUGUUUGACCAUAUGAACACUUGUCCAAUCGCUGGUAACCGUUUUCACCAGGGCUAUGUUCCUUCUUUUUAAGAGUGUGAAUAAAGGUCUUAUUGGAUGUAUUAAUGUGGAUUAGACUGUUCAAAAAAACUUUUUGCUUUGUCAUUGGAGAAAGGUGCAGCAAGAUAAAAUAAGCUCCCAUGAUUCCUAUCUAUUCAAGAAAUAAUUAUCUUUAAAAAUUUCCCAAAGCUAAUGCUUGGGGUGAUUGCGUUUUGGUGAAAAGGCUCCGUCCCAAAAGGGUGAAAAUGAUUUUAAAAAAACGACCAGACUCUAGGUCAUUGAUGAAAGGUAUCGUCACAGAAGGGGUUGAUUGUUUUGUAUCAUGCCAUUUGCAAGCGUUUGAAUAGAAUAAUGUCCCUUGAAAAUUUUAAAUUUAUCACAUUCAAUUUACAGCCAGUGGUCAUUAGUACCUGGCAACAGCCCUAAGCCUAGAAUCCUUCAAGAUACAGGUUUGUCUGUGAAAAUAAGCCAUGCAAACUUGCAUAAUCUUUUUGGAAAUCACAGGAGCCCAAAAAUAUGGCACAUGAAUUCAGUCGCCUUAUUGAAUUGUCCCGUAUGUGUGUUAUCAUCUGGCAUACCCCCUUUUCCCAUAGAAACAUAGACUGCGGAUGCCAGUUUAGGCACAAUCUUGUAGCACAAAAAAUGUUUAUUUAAUUGUUUUGGCCUGUUUUUUUAAUCCAUCAAUAAUCCACAGAUUUAUUAUGAGGGCAGUUUCCCUUUUUAGUUUACAUGAUGCCAUGGUUGAAAUGAUUUCUCGUCUUCUAUUGACAGCUCAGACAAGAAGUCUAUAGGUGACGAGGAGCCCAUGAAUGAAUGUUGUGUUUGUAUGGACAGGAGGGCAUGUGUCAUGCUCUCAUGCUGCCACGAGUUCUGUGAGAUUUGCAUAGACAACUGGACAAGGUAAGAUUAUGACAUCUCAUUCAAUGAGUCCUCUGAGGAAAAAAACAACACAUUUCUACAAAUUAGAAAUUGAAAAAUGUUUUAUAGACUUAGCCUUUUUAAAACUAGCUGAUCGUUUAAAUUAACAGGUUAUCAUGAAAAGGGACAUAUUUGUCUACCCGCAAUUGAAUGUGCUUCAUGUCCACCUGCACUUCAAUUAUCUUUUUGUUCAACUGAGUUUAUGGUUCUUGUCCUAGGUAUAACAUAAUAACUGCUCAUGUGGCUUUAUCAUGUUGACAUGCUGUCAGGGAUGUUGGUUUAUAGUGUUGACAUGCUGUCAGGGAUGUUGGUUUAUCAUGUUGACAUGCUGUCAGGGAUGUUGGUUUAUAAUGUUGACAUGCUGUCAGGGACGUUGGUUUAUAAUGUUGACAUGCUGUCAAAGAUGUUGGUUUUUAAUGUUAACAUGCUGUCAGGGAUGUUGGUUUAUGAUGUUUUUGCCUGUUGUUUUGUCAUUGGUACCUGGCAACAACUCUAAGCCUAGACUAGAGACAGUGGUCUUUGGUACCUGGCAACAAGCCUAAGCCUAGACUAGAGACAGUGGUCUUUGGUACCUGGCCACAACCCUAAGCUUAGACUAGAGACAGUGGUCUUUGGUACCUGGCCACAACCCUAAGCCUAGACUAGAGACAGUGGUCUUUGGUACCUGGCAACAAGCCUAAGCCUAGACUAGAGACAGUGGUCUUUGGUACCUGGCAACAAGCCUAAGCCUAGACUAGAGACAGUGGUCUUUGGUACCUGGCCACAACCCUAAGCCUAGACUAGAGACAGUGGUCUUUGGUACCUGGCAACAACCCUAAGCCUAGACUAGAGACAUUGGUCUUUGGUACCUGGCAACAACCCUAAGCCUAGACUAGAGACAGUGGUCUUUGGUACCUGGCCACAACCCUAAGCUUAGACUAGAGACAGUGGUCUUUGGUACCUGGCCACAACCCUAAGCUUAGACUAGAGACAGUGGUCAUGAGCUGUAACUCAAUGUUACCCUUAGAAUAUUCAAACAUUUUGCCUGUUUGAGUAGCUCAGUCUUUCCCAUUGAAACUGUGUCAUCAACUCUAUCAUUAUGGAGCUUCUGAUUUCAAAUGUAAUUCAUCGACCAGACACAUAUUACCUUUAUAUUCUUAUUUAUAUUCACAGAUGUGACUAUUGGCUAUGGGCUUGCAACAUGACGUACCUUAAUUUAUUUUCAGGGAUGAAAAGCACAGCAACUGUCCCCUGUGCAGAACUCAAGUGGCGGGCUCGGACGACACCUGGGUGUUGACGGACAAAAAUGACUCUGGGGACUAUGCUAGUGAGGUCAAAGGUUACCUGGUCGGCCUGGCAGACAGAUCCAAAGAGCCCCAGUCUUGACUGUGUGGCUCACAAGCAGUUAGUAAACUCCCAGAAUUUCAUAAACAAUAAGGGCCCAGCCUGCAGGCAAUGCUCAGUGUUGAAGGAACAAAAAAUAGUUUUACAAUUCUGUGUCAUGGACUUGAUGCCAGUUUUUUUAUGUUGUACCGCAGACAUUAUGCCAGAUUUCAAAUGCUGUAUAGUAAAUAUAAUAUCAGAUUUUAAAGUGCAAUAUGGCAUAUUCCCGGCAAAAUGCAUCUGUAAAAAUGUUACAUAAACAUAUCAAGGGAAGAUGGAUUUAACAUUUCCAAUGAGUGGCAUGGAUGUCAUGUAGAUUUGUAUUUUUGUAAAAAAAUGUCUCAGCAAUGAGAAUAUCAUGUGCAAAGUGAAGUCAUUGGUUCAUAGAAAAAUUGAGUGCUUUACAACAAUG